AUGAUGAAUGAUGCGAACUAUCCAAGCCCUCUAUCAACCCCGUUCUUGGGAUACAACACGCACAACGCCUUAUACCAAAGAACACGAGCGUUUCUGCUUAGCGACAGAACCCCAUGGUUCUUCAGUGGCAAAGCAGGAAAAGGGAUCGGCUCUCCCCACACUGGCAAAAACAUGAUUUGGCCUCUCGCACUGAUCAUGCAGGCUCUCACUUCGCAUGAUGACAGUGAGAUUACUGAGGUACUGGAAACCCUGAAGAGGUCAGCCCACAAUAUGUGUUUUAUGCACGAGGCGUUCAACAUGGAUAACGUUACUGACUUCACUCGACCCUGGUUUACAUGGGCCAACUCCUUCUUUGGUUUGCUCAUUACAGAUCUCGCGGACCGCAAACCCCACUUGAUUUUUUAA